AAUUUUGGAUAAUAUUAUUUGUAACGCUGUGAAAAUAUGUUUUAAUGUGUAAGGGCAUUUUAAAAAGUUUAAUAAAUCCGACGCAUGGUCUUGGAAAUAUUACUGGUUUUGUGGUGUAGCCUAAUAGGUGUACUAUACUAUCUUUAAAUUAACUUCCAUUACAUAACUAUUGAAUUAAAUUCGUUAAUCAGAAUGCUCGCAGUGGCCCCCAUGUAAGGAACUGUACAUUAUAAAAUGUAGGCUACCAAAGAUAAAAAGGAUUUGUAUCUGCGCCACCUGCGCAGUCCGGUCAGAGCUGGCUCUCGUUCACACAACUUCCUGCCGAGUCAUCGGGACAGACACGCACCUCCGCCCCGGGACUCAGCGCUCCUCCAGCUCCGUUCAUCCUUAUCGGCAGCAGCGCGAACAGGACGGAGAUGUCAGGCACGGGGAAAGAUGAACCGACAGCACCGGGUGAUUUUCAAAGGUCUCAAACGAUCCACGUCGCCGUGAAAAGUCUCACAGACAGCAAAUACUUCACCGUUAGAGGAGGCUGUACCGUCAGACAGCUGAAAUGGGGUCUAGCAGAGCGCCUGGGAGUCCCGGCAGAGCAGCUGGUGCUGAGCCACUCCGGCCGGGUGCUCACAGAAUCAGAACUCCUGAGUCACCUUAAAGCACAAGAUGAGUCAGUCAGUCUCUGCAUGAUCCAAAGGUCUCAGCAUUUAUCUGCUGCGACCACCUGUGAUCCAGGUUCAGAAAUGAUCCAUUCGGAGCUCACAGCCGUUCUCGAUCCUGACCCUGAUAGCUUCACACCGUCUCCCACCUCUCCCCUUUGUCUGGUGGAAGGUCUGGACAGUCUUGGCCUAACAAAUAGUGGGCCUGGCUUCUUCCCUGCACUCCAGCUUCCGAUGGAGAGCCAGCUGCUGUCUGACCCAGAGAUGAUGCGUCGAGUCCUGGGCAGCCACUUCAUGCAGAGCACCCUCUCUACCUACAGCCCUCAACUAACCAGACAGCUCAUUCUGUCUAACCCGCUCCUGCAGACGAACCCAGAGGUGGGGGAUAACCUUAACAACACAGAUCUUAUCACACAGGUGAUGGAGCGUGUCAGGAACCCUGACAUGAUAGGGGAAGUGAUGCAUGAUGAAGACAGAGCAUUAGUCAAUUUGCAGCCAGAGCAGGAAAACCCUGAAAGCAUAACUGGUGAUUCUGAUGGGUUUCAGAAGAAUUUCCAGAUCCAGAUAGGAGCACCUCCAGUGGUGACUACAUCAUCUGGGACUCAACAGCCAACUGAAAGAGAAAGCAACGAGACUCCACAGGUCUCCAGUCCCUCCACGGAUCCUUUCAGAGAAUGGACCGCCACGGCCAGAGUUGAUCCAAAACCUCAGAGCACUGUUACUGCAGGCAUGCAGUCACUGCUAGAGGAGAUCAUGGCCAGUCCAGGACUGAUGGAGAGCCUGCUGUCUGGCCCUUAUGUCAGCAGUCUCCUCAAUUGCCUCGGUCAGAACCCUGACCUGGCUGCACAGAUGCUGCUGAGUCACCCUUUGUUCUCAGGAAAUCCUCAGCUGCAGCAGCAGAUGAGACAGCAGAUCCCUCUCUUCCUGCAACAGAUGCAGAGUCCAGAGCUGCUGUCAGCCAUGUUGAACCCCAGAGCCAUGGAGGCUCUGCUGCACAUCCAACACGGCCUACAGACUCUGGCUGCAGAGGUUCCUGCACUGAUACCUACAGCCAGUGUUAAUGCUGCCCCGGAGCUAGCGUCUGACUCUGUCCUUAACAGCCAAUCAGGAAGUGGUCCUCGUGUUGCCAUGGUGACAGAGGAGCAGCAGCAACAGUUUGUACAACAGAUGCUACAGGCGCUGGCUAACACCAAUCAUGGGGUCCAUGUUGAGGAGGCUGAGUUCCAGGACGAGCUGGAGCAUCUGAGCUCAAUGGGCUUCAGAGACCGAGAGGCAAACCGUCAGGUUCUCAUCAGGACUGGAGGAGACCUCACUACUGCUAUACAACAUCUGCUCAGUCUCUGACACACACACACACACACACACACACACACACACACACAGAUGUUGUUCUGUCCACAUAUACAUACAUAAGUGGAUGCACAUAUACCUAUUAAAUACAAGCACUCAAUACACUCAAACAUAAUAAUAUCAUUAUCAGCAAUUACAAAGUGCUUUACAAAAAACAAUCAUGCAAGCCAUAUUCAUAUUUCUGUACUUUCAA